CUAGAAUACACAGUCCUCUCUCAGAAUGGAGUGGUGAAACCAAAGAAGGUAGCCUUUGUGGGUUCGGGUCCAAUGCCUCUAACAUCUCUUAUAAUGGCUUCACAUCACAUGAAAUCCACACACUUUGAUAACUUCGAUAUCGAUGAGGCGGCCAAUCAUGUGGCUCGGAAAAUUGUUUCUUCUGAUGCCGAGUUUGAAAUGAGGAUGAAAUUUCAUACUUGUGACAUAAUGGAAGUGAAGGAGAAGCUAGGCGAAUAUGAUUGCAUAUUCUUGGCAGCUCUUGUUGGAAUGAGUAAAGAAGAGAAAGUGAAGAUUCUUGGACAUAUUAGGAAGUACAUGAAGGAUGGAGGAGUUUUGCUGGUGAGAAGUGCAAAUGGAGCAAGAGCAUUUUUCUACCCAAUUGUUGAGGAGAAUGAAUUGAUGGAGUUUGAAGUUCUCUCCAUAUUCCAUCCAACAAAUGAUGUGAUCAACUCAGUCGUUCUCGUUCGCAAGCCAAUCUUUUAAACAAGAGAAGGAUAAUUUGCUUUCUUUAAUAAGAUUGCCAGCUACAAUAUUGGCUUCGUGUGUUUUUAUUUUCCUCCGAUUAAAAUAAAUUGUUAUCUGGUUUGUUUUGCUCUAAAUUGUAAGUGUGCUUCCAUGUAAGGUAUUUUCU